AAACAAUAAUUAGUGUUACAGUUAAACAGCGGACAAAAUGAUCGACGUCGAUUCUCUACUGGUUAGCUUGAAACCAAAAGGAUUCUUCCAGCUCACCCAAUACCUGCUCAGUGACGCUUCCAUGAUUCCUUGCGUUGUUGCUUUGCUGAAGAUUGUAUUUAUCGGUUCAAUCCCCACUUCCAGAUGUGCUAAUUUGAACAUAUCUCAAUUGUACGACUACGGCUACGAGAGCAACGAUACUCACGACGUAGUGUACGGAAAAUGUCAGAUAGAAAUAUUCAGUCGGAGCAGUAACAGUUCGAACCGCACGUUAGCAUGUAUUAACGGAUAUACUUACGAUGAAGGAAAACAUCAAUCUUUUGUGUCGGAGUGGGACCUCGUAUGCGACAAAGCCGGAUUAUCUGAGCUCACUCAAACAUUAUUCUCAGUUGGUGGCUUGAUUGGAGCGCUGACUCUGCCUUACUUUUCUGAUACAAAAGGAAGGAAGCCAGUAUUAGUCAUCAGCAAUAUCUUACUUUUUAUCUUCUCGUUCUCAUCGAGCUUUUCUCCGAAUUACUAUGUCUUUAUAGUUUUUCGUGUGCUGGAAGGAAUCUCUAUGCAGGGCCUUGCUGUAGCAACUUACACUCUUAUGUUGGAGCUGUAUCCAGUUUCGCAUCGUACGCUGAUGAGUGGUAUGAGUGGUGUCACCUGGGGCCUGUGUGUCUUGCCCUUUGCACCAGUUGCCUAUUUGCUUCGUAACUACAGUUGGAAAAUCAAUAAUAUCGUGUAUUCAAGCAGCCACGUCAUAGUAUUCUUCCAAUUGUGGUACCUUGAAGAAUCUCUGCGCUGGUUGGUCACCAAUGGAGAUUUUGAAAGAUCCAAGAAGGUAAUCAAACGAGUUGCCAAAGAAAAUGGCGUUGAUUUCGGCCCGAUUUGGGACAAGAUAGAAACUAAUUUGAUUCCAUUAAUCACAGUCAAGAACAAAGACUCUAUGAUAUCAUCCAAAGAAAAACUGUCACAGCAACAAGAAGUCAAAAAAGAAGGAUACCUCACAAUAUUUACGAAUUCAUUGGCUCGCAGAAUGACGCUUAUUCUGUUCGUUGUCGGGUUCAUGAACGCUGUGACAUACAUCGCCGUAUAUAUGACCAGUCCUAGUUUGGCAGGUAAUGGAUAUUUGAACUUUUUCUUGUUUUCCCUAACAGAAGUUUGUGCCAAUAUAACCAUGGCCAUAACACUUUUCAGACUGCCAAGAAGAGUUGCAAUAUCUUUUUACCAAGGAACCGCUGGUGUCGCCUUAUUUAUAGCUGUAGCUGUCUUGUAUUUUGGAGAUGGGUCGAGUGUCUAUUCAAUCUUGAACAUCAUAUUCAGUCUGUUGGGAAUGUUUGGUAUCAGUGCUUCAUAUUGUCUUAUCUGGAUAUAUGCUCCAGAAAUCUACCCAACUAACCUGAGGAAUAUCGGACUUGGUUUCCUAACAUUCUCUGGAAGUGUUGGAAAUAUGGUGUCGCCCUACUCUCGCCUUCUUAUGGAAAACAUACCAUGGUUGCCUGGAACGGUGUGUAGCAUUGGUUGUAUUUUGAGCUUUUCCCUCUUGUACUUCAUGCCGGAAUCUCAGAAAAUGCAAAUGCCAUCAUCAAUGUCGGAUGUUAAAGCACACAUGAAAUUACAGAAACGCUCCAAGAGGGAAAAAUCUGGAAAAGAAAUCGGUUCAACUGACCCAGAAAAGUCUACUUCUUCAGAAUUGAGCAAGAUAAACACAUAAAACAUCCAUAAACCUCCCACAAAAUUGAUGCUCUUGUGGAAAAGUUUCAAACCCGUUGUUGUUGUUGUUCAUAUUGUUGUUGUUGUUGUUGUUGUUGUUAACGCGGUGAGCUGGCAGAAUCGAUACAGCGCCAGGAAAGUGUUCAGUCGCAUUCCUUCCAACUUUAAGUUCUGAGUUCAAAUUUCACCGAGAUCGACCUUGCCUUUUAUCCUUAUGGGAUCGAUAAUCUAAGUACUGGGGUCGAUGUUACCAUCUCACAGGAUGGUAACAUCUCUCUCUCUCUCUCUCUCUCUCUCUCUCUCAGUGACUGACUCUGGAUGGUGUUCAUACAAGUUCUUAGGGUGCGGGAUAUCAUAGUGACAACAUAUGCUCCAGUACAAAUAUUGGCCAACUCGAUCAUGCCUGGUUUUAUAUUCUUUAAAGGUGAGGACUGAGCUACCGGCAACAAUGUGGCCAGUGCUCUCAAUUCUGUCAUCGCAGAAUCUACACUUUGUGCCUGCCCCAUUGUGCGUGACAUUAGCUUAAUAGUUCCGUGUGAGGAGACUCUAAUAUUGUGCCGCUAGGAUAAAUCCUGUUUCACUUUCCAAACCAGUGCUCUGCAGCCACUGAUGGGUUCUUCCCAUAUCUACAUCAGCUUUCUCAGCUUGUUUGGAGUAUUGCUCAUGCAAUGGUUUUUCUUGCCACACUCAGGACAUUAUUAUUAUAAUACUGGGGUCGAUGUAACUGUAUUUUACC